CAGCGUGCCACAUCUUGACGCGUUACCUCGCGAACCUCCUUUUCCUUCACUCGCACUCGACCCCCUCGGAACGAAUGGCAGGUCCGCUCACAUCUUCAACUAUUAACAUGCCAAAUUUGAAAACAAGAUCAAAACCAGAGCUUGAUUCUGAGCCAGCAUCCAAGAAGCGAAAAAUAGAAACUCCAUCGUUCUCGCAAACUAGGUCUCAGCCUUCAUUUGCGGAUGUCCUUGAGAAGUUGAAGGAGGAGACAGGCGAGGCGCCUGAAACAGAAGGUGGUGCUAAUUGCUGGUCGCGACCAUCACUCCCAUCUAUAAACGAACGAAGAGACAAGAUUGUCUUCCAACAAAUUGACAUUGAAGAUCAUUAUGGGGAUGGACCACCGAUCAUGAGAAUGUAUGGUGUUACAGAGACUGGCCAUAGCGUUCUCGCACAUGUCACUGGUUUCCUCCCAUAUUUCUAUAUCGCGCAACCCCGUGCUUUCCAGGAAGAAGACUUGGAAGCUUUCCGGCAAUACCUCAACAGCCUCACCGGAGAAAGUGCCGUCUUAAUAGUGGAAAUCGUAAAAAGGCGCACUUUAUGGGGAUACAGAGGAGAUGACAUGGUUCCAUUUAUCAAGAUUACCGUGUCUUCACCGAAAUGGGUACCGAAAGUUCGAGGCGUCUUCGAACGCAAUGAAUGUAACUUCAGAAAUGCGUUCCCUGUUCGAGUAGGGGAAUCUUAUCCCACAUUUGAGAGUAACGUUGUUUUUACCCUUCGGUAUAUGAUUGACACUAAGGUUGUCGGGAUGAACUGGAUUGAAGUUCCGGCCGGAAAAUACAAACUCGUCGCGCGAGAAAAGAAGAAGUCUCACUGUCAAAUCGAGAUAGAAAUGAAGUGGAACGAUUUUGUUUCUCACGAACCUGAGGGUGAAUGGUCAAAAAUAGCUCCCCUCCGCAUCCUGAGCUUCGAUAUCGAGUGUGCGGGUCGGAAAGGUGUAUUUCCUGAAGCAUCGAAAGAUCCGGUCAUUCAGAUAGCUAACAUGGUCACACGUCAAGGAGAUUCUCAGCCUUUCGUCCGAAAUGUCUUCACUUUAAAUAGCUGUUCUCAUAUCAUCGGUUCUCAAGUUCUUUCAUUCCAAGACGAGUCCGAGAUGUUGGUUGCCUGGCGAGAUUUCGUAUCAGAGGUUGACCCCGAUCUCGUUAUCGGUUACAACAUCUCCAAUUUCGACUUUCCUUAUUUGAUGGAUCGAGCAGAAGCACUCAAAGCCAAGAAAUUUCCUUACCUUGGGCGUUUAAAGAACGUGCAGACAAAGAUGAAGGAUACGCAUUUCUCAUCAAAAGCCUAUGGCCAGCGUGAUUCCAAGGAAACAAUCCUGGAUGGUAGACUGCAGUUGGACGUUCUCCAGUUCAUGCAACGAGAGCAUAAAUUGCGAAGUUAUUCCUUAAAUUCUGUCUGUGCCCAGUUUCUUGGGGAGCAGAAGGAAGAUGUGCACCAUUCAGUGAUCACUGAAUUACAAAAUGGUACCUCAGAGUCCCGUCGCCGACUGGCUGUAUACUGUUUAAAGGACGCGUACCUUCCGCAACGACUGCUAGACAAGUUGAUGUGCUUCGUUAACUACAUCGAGAUGGCCCGAGUUACCGGUGUACCGUUCAACUUUCUACUCUCCCGAGGCCAGUCGAUCAAGGUUUUGUCACAGCUCUUCCGUAGAGCUAACGAAGACGGAUAUCUGAUACCUGCCCUUAAAGGAGAAGGUUCUGAUGAGCAGUAUGAGGGAGCCACUGUUAUCGAACCUCGUAAGGGCUUUUACGACGUGCCCAUUGCAACACUGGACUUCAGUUCCUUGUACCCAUCUAUCAUGAUGGCACACAACCUAUGUUAUACGACUCUGUUGGAUAAGCCCACUAUAGAACGUCUGAAACUAGACAAGGACAUUGAUUACAUUCAGACCCCUAAUAAUGAUUAUUUUGCCACGACUACUAGACGAAAAGGUUUACUCCCUGCUAUUCUCGAGGAUCUGAUCGCAGCGCGAAAGCGGGCCAAAGCCGAUCUGAAAAAGGAAACCGAUCCCUUCAAGCGGGCUGUUUUGGACGGGCGGCAACUUGCACUUAAGAUUAGUGCCAACUCUGUCUAUGGUUUCACUGGUGCUACUAUUGGAAAACUUCCGUGCCUGCCGAUUUCGUCGAGUGUCACCGCGUACGGUAGACAGAUGAUUGAGAGAACGAGAACGGAAGUAGAAGCAGAGUACAGUGUAGCUAACGGACACGCCUAUGAUGCGACCGUUAUUUACGGUGACACUGACUCAGUCAUGGUCCGAUUUGGGCCCAAAGAUUUGGAGACGGUCAUGAAGCUAGGUAGCCAGGCUGCUGACUUUGUCACCGUGAAAUUUGUGAAACCAAUCAAGCUUGAGUUCGAAAAGGUGUACUUCCCGUAUCUUCUGAUCAGCAAAAAGCGAUAUGCGGGCCUUUACUGGACCAGACCAGAGAAAUACGACAAGAUGGACUCUAAGGGAAUAGAGACGGUGCGGCGAGACAAUUGUCGCCUGGUGUCCACGGUCAUCGAAACGUGUUUGCACAAGAUGUUGAUUGACCGUGAUGUACCAGGCGCUGAAGCAUACGUGAAGCAAACGAUAUCGGACCUUCUACAGAAUAAGGUUGAUAUGUCGCAGUUAGUCAUCACGAAGGCAUUGUCCAAAAGCGACUAUGCUGCCAAACAAGCCCACGUGGAACUAGCAGAACGAAUGAAACAACGUGACGCUGGUUCUGCGCCUGCUUUGGGUGAUCGUGUAGCAUACGUAAUUGUUAAGGGUAUGAAGGGCGCGGCAGCGUAUGAAAAGUCAGAGGACCCUCUCUUCGUUCUCGAGAACAACAUACCCAUUGACACCCGGUAUUACCUCGAUAAUCAACUUUCCAAACCUCUGAUGCGGAUCUUUGAGCCGAUUCUGGGGGAGAAAUCAUCUGCUCUUCUAUCGGGAGACCAUACGCGAACAAUACAAAUCGCCACUCCCACCGUGGGUGGACUAAUGAAGUUUGCGGUCAAGACUAUCACAUGUCUUGGUUGCAAAACACCACUGAGAGCUAACAACAGCUUGAACAAGGACGGUGCUGUUUGUAAGAACUGCAGACCGCGUAUGGCGGAACUCUAUCAAAAGCAAGUCACACAAGCGUCAGAACUUCAAGUGAGAUUCUCUCGACUGUGGACGCAAUGUCAACGAUGCCAGGGUUCCCUGCACCAGGACGUUUUAUGUAGUAGCAAGGACUGUCCGAUAUUUUACAUGAGAAAGAAGGCCCAAAAAGAUGUAGAGGAUGCUAACGUGGUGCUCGAACGAUUCGAUACGGACGUCUGGUAACCCUCGAUAACCUCAUUGAUAUUAUGUAUCUGCAAUUUUCACCUCAUCGCACGCCAUUUCUGUCUAGAGUAAUUAACUGCAUACUAUGGGAUUAUUAUUAUUUCAAUAGUUAGUGCGG